UUUCUUUCUCUCUCUAAGCUAGUUGCUUUCUCUCUCUAAGAUUAGGGUUCGGAGGAGCGUUUCCCCUCUACUCCGUGCGAUCUCUCGAGAGCUGUAGCAAUGCCGACUCAUAAAAUAGAGACCGGUCAUCAGGAUGUGGUCCACGACGUCUCGAUGGACUACUACGGCAAGCGCCUAGCUACUGCCUCUUCUGAUUCGACCAUUAAGAUCGUCGGCGUGAGCGGCUCCUCCCACCAGCAUCUGGCAACCCUGACUGGCCACCAGGGACCGGUGUGGCAGGUUGCAUGGCCACACCCGAAGUUCGGGUCCAUGCUCGCAUCCUGCGGCUACGACGGAAAUGUUAUUCUAUGGAAGGAAGGAGCUAAACCCGAUGAGUGGGUUCAGGCUCAUGUUUUCUCCGAGCACAAGUCCUCGGUCAAUUCCAUUGCAUGGGCGCCUCACGAACUUGGGCUCUGCUUGGCUUGCGGGUCUUCUGAUGGGAACAUAUCUGUUUUCACCGCGAGAAGUGAUGGGGGUUGGGACACUGCACGAAUCGAUCAGGCACAUCCAGUUGGGGUCACCUCUGUGUCGUGGGCCCCAUCGAUGGCCCCUGGUUCGAUUGGGUCUGGUUUGAUCGAUCCAGUUAGUAAGCUAGCGUCCGGCGGGUGCGAUAACACGGUCAAGAUAUGGAAGCUUUACAACGGGAGUUGGAAGAUGGAUUGUUUUCCCGCGCUUCAGAUGCACUCAGAUUGGGUGAGAGACGUGGCUUGGGCACCGAAUUUGGGUCUCCCUAAAACAACCAUUGCUAGUGCUUCGCAGGACGGGACGGUAGUCAUAUGGACGGUCGCAAAGGAAGGGGAUCAGUGGGAAGGUAAAGUUUUGAAUGAUUUCAAGACUCCCGUUUGGAGGGUUUCGUGGUCGUUAACAGGUAAUAUAUUGGCCGUGGCUGAUGGGAACAACAAUGUGACAUUGUGGAAAGAAGCUGUCGACGGGGAGUGGCAACAGGUGACAACAGUCGAUCCAUAGAAUGUUCGAGUUUUUACUUUUACUGCUAUUUUGAUGGUCUGUUGUUACAUUUGAGUGAUUAUUCAGGUGUAUUGAACUUUGCAUGAUUUACAUAUGGAAGAUAUUUGGUUCUUUCGUGGCUGUAACUUUUUCUUUCGUCGCCUUUUAUUUUUCUGCAACAAUGAUCAAAUGUUUCUCAGCAUUAUUAAUUUGUUAUUUGCUCGUAA